AUGGGGGAUGAUCUCGCAGAUAAUUCUAGCAUCUCUCCAUACUUAGUCGAUAAAUACAAUGAGUAUAGUAUCCAGAUAAUACGUUGGAUUCUCAAGGCAAUUAAUGUAUGGCCGCAUUCCGCCAACGCCUCACUUAUCGAAAAGAUCCGUUCCGAUUUCGCGAUAUUUAUAUGUUAUUUCCUGAUAAUUACCACCAUGGUACCUAAUGGUUUGAGUAUGUUCAUCGAUUCACAGAUGUCCUACGAGACCAGACUACAAAAUUUCGGUCCGCUCACCUUUUGGUUCAUAGCGAUGGUGAAUUAUUCCUGCCUCCUGAUGCACGUUGACGAUAUACACAAUUGUGUGGAACACGUGAAAAUGGACUGGCUGAUCAUCAGGAGAUUCGAGGAUCAAAAAGUGAUGCUAAAAAGCGCCAAGUUAGGUCGAUUCAUCGCCGGUUUCUGCGCCGUGUUCAUGCACUGCGGUGUGUUCUCGUAUAAUGUCGUCCAAGGUCUCUCCAAGAGUAUCCUGUACAUGGAAAAUACCAGCAUAAUAGUUCGCGGAUUACCUUAUCCCUUCUACAACAAGAUUCUAAACGUGCACUUCAGUCCGGCAUACGAGUUCGUGUUUUUUCUACAGUGUCUUUCAUCCUUCGUCGUCAACUGCGUUACGGUCGCAACAUGCGGCUUGACAGCAGUUUUCGUGAUGCAUGCGUGCGGCCAAAUGAAAAUUAUGAUAUCCUGGCUUGAAAAUUUUUUUGCAAUCAUCGUAAAUCAUCAUUUAAGAAUCUUGAGUUUUGUAUCUCGUACAGAAAAAAUUAUGAAUGUAAUAUGCCUUGUGGAAUUAAUUGGAUGUACUAUGCAUAUAUGUCUCUUAGGGUAUUAUUGCAUUAUGGAUUUUAUUGAUGGCAACCAUCAAAGUAUUUUAUCACAUUCGAUGGUAUUAUCUUCGAUUACUUUUAAUAUUUUUAUAUUUUGUUACAUCGGGGAGAUACUUUCAGAACAGGGCGAACAGAUCGGUAAAUCUGCUUAUAUGACAAACUGGUACCUCUUACCUGGAAAAAGUGCCCAGGGGCUCAUUCUGAUAAUUUUAAGAUCCAACGCUGUCCUCAAGAUAACUGCCGGAAAAAUUGUUCAGCUCUCAUUUUCCACUUUCGGUGAUGUAAUUAAAUCUGCAUUAGCAUAUUUAAAUAUACUUCGGACUGUACUGCUUACGUAA